AUGUCUGCAGUACUCCGCUCGCGGCCGCUCAGGAAGGCGGUGCGUCUUUUUCAAUACCACUUCUUGCUGGAACAGCAGCAAGGCAACACUCUAGGUGACCUCGAAUUCUCCACCGAUGUCAAGCUUUCGUUUCAGAGGUUUCGCCUGAGACACUGGUCGUGGUUUGAUAUCGUCAACUACACCUUUUUGUCCCUGGUAUUUUUGUUUGUUUACAUCAUUUUCCCGGCCUCGCUCUGGCUCAAAACACCAAUCUUGUUACUACUUGUGGCUGCCGUGCUGGUGCCUGUGACCCAGCAGUUCUUUGUCCACGCGUUGCCCAUCCUUGCCUGGUUGGCGUUGUUCUUCAGCGCGUCCAAGAUCCCUCACUCGUGGAAACCGGCCAUUUCUGUGAAGUUUCUCCCAGCUAUGGAGACCAUUCUCUACGGUGACAACUUGUCGAAUGUGUUGGCCGAGAUCAACCACCCCAUUUUGGAUAUCUUGGCGUGGUUGCCUUACGGCAUCAUCCACUUUGCGUCGCCGUUCUUUGUGGCGUUGUUUGUGUUCCUCUUUGCGCCACCAACUUCCUUGCAGUCGUUUGGUUUCGCCUUUGGCUACAUGAACAUGGCAGGCGUGCUCUUCCAGCUUGCCUUUCCAGCUGCUCCUCCAUGGUACAAGAACUUGCACGGCUUGGAGCCCGCCAACUACGCCAUGGACGGCUCACCUGGUGGCUUGGGUAGAAUCGACCAGUUGUUCCACGUGGACAUGUACACGACAACCUUUGAGAACUCUCCAUUGGUGUUUGGUGCUAUUCCCUCGUUGCACUCUGGUUCUGCCGUGAUGGAUGUGUUGUUCCUCCUGUGGCUUUUCCCAAAGUACAAGUAUGUCUGGUGGGGAUACGCGCUGGUUUUGUGGUGGUCUACCAUGUACUUGACUCAUCACUACUUCAUUGAUCUUAUCAUGGGUGCCGUCAUGUCUGUCAUGAUGUUCGCCUACGUCAAGUACACCACCUUGCCUGCCAUCGACUACAACAAGUUCUGCAGAUGGUCGUACACGUCUAUCGAGUACUUCGACAUCAAGAAGAACGACCCACUUGGCGCAUACGCUGCUGUGCCUACUGAGGACCAAGAGAGCGGCCUUGGUCAAGAGCUGCCAUUUGGCUACUUGAACCCAUCGUACCUCGGCAACACUGAGUUUGAAAUGACCACGCUUCCACGCUCGAGAGAGGCUUCGAAUAGCCUGUCUAGAUCCCACCUUGCGUUGGACCAGACUGCUGAGGACGCUGAUACUGACAAGAGCACGAACCUGUCUAUUUUCGAUGAUGAGCGUUUCGACGCUGGCACUCACAUUAGUCAGGCCACUUCCAACACUUCACUCAACGACAUGACUUCUCCUUCCGUGCCUUCUGCUUCGAAGAAGCUGGUGCGUUAG